CGUGUUCAUGGCCCGGCUGGGUCGGGUCGGGCCGCUGUUCGCCUUUUGUUCCGUGGGAGGCGAGAGAGUGAGGCGCGGCGCCCGAGGCGGGAAGGCCGAGGCCAGGCCAGCGGGGGCUAUGUCGUACAUCCCCGGUCAGCCGGUCACGGCCGUGGUGCAAAGGGUCGAAAUCCACAAGCUCCGCCAGGGGGAAAACCUGAUCCUGGGCUUCAGCAUUGGAGGCGGCAUUGACCAGGACCCCACGCAGAAUCCCUUCUCGGAGGACAAGACUGACAAGGGCAUUUAUGUGACCAGAGUGACGGAAGGUGGCCCCGCCGAAGUGGCCGGCCUCCAGGUCGGAGACAAGAUCAUGCAGGUGAAUGGCUGGGAUAUGACGAUGGUGACCCACGACCAAGCCCGGAAGAGGCUGACCAAGAGGAACGAGGAAGUGGUCCGCCUCCUGGUGACCAGGCACUCCCUACAGAAAGCUGUGCGGGAGUCCAUGAUGUCCUAACCGUGCCGUUGGGUUGUCGGGGUGGGGUGGGGUGGUAAAUGGAUAAUCU